AUGUAUCCAAAAUAAUUAAACAAAAAUUUAAUAGUGCAUUAUGAUCAUUGCCAAUAACAAAGGAACUUAAGCAUAACUCAGAUAAUAAAAAUUAUAUUCAACAAAAUAACAAUUAAUGAAUCUUUAAUUUAAUUGCACAAUUAAAAUUUUGUAAUUCCUAAUCUAAUAAUUCAAUUCAUUAUAUAUCUAUUUUAUAUGAGCUUAGUAUUAGUUGCUAGCAAAACUUGUCCGCAUUGCAUAAGAGUGGUCUUGACUUUAAACCAUUUAAAAAUACCUUAUGAAUUGAAAUACAUAGAUAUCGAGAAUAGACCUGAUUGGUUUAUAAAAGCAAGUCCAUUAGAGAAAGUGCCUAUUCUAUUUGUUGGUGAUGCAGUCCUUUUUGAAUCCCUUGUAAUUCUAGAUUAUAUCAAUACACUUGCUCCUCAAUCAUUACUUCCAAAAGAUAAUUUAUAGAUAGCCUUGAACAGAUCAAGAGCGGAAUUCUCAUAAGAGAUUAUUGAAAUUCUUUGGAGUGUGUUCUCAGCUAAAACAUUAGAAGUAAAUUAUAAAUUGAUUUUGAGGCUUUUGAUCUACAAAUGAAGGAAUUGAGAUGGUUAUUCUCUUCAUUGGAAAGUUGGCUCUAAUAAACAAAAUUUAUAUCCGACAAUGUUCUGACUCUGGCUGAUUUUGCUUACGCUCCAAUUUUCACUAUAAUACCUGCUUUAAAACAGUUUAUGGAUUUUGAUAUAUUUGAUGGUUUUCCAAGAUUAAGAGCAUACAUCGACACUCUUCAUGCACUCCCUGAACUUAAAAUGAGUUUAGUAGAAAACUAUGAUCAGCUCAUUUAGAAGAAGAUACAAUCACGAGAACCAUACUUUUGGAAGUAAUGA